AUGUGGCGACAUCCACUUCUGGCAGUACUGCUAGCAACUUUCUGUCUACUUACAAUAGCAGGCAAUUGCCUUGUUGUUAUUGCAGUGUGUACGAAGAAAUAUCUACGUAACCCUACAGGGUACCUCAUUAUAUCGCUGGCUAUCGCUGAUUUAAUCGUUGGUCUAGUAGUAAUGCCAUUGAAUUCCCUAUUCGAAAUGGCUAAUCAUGAAUGGCUGCUGGGCUUAACAAUGUGUGAUUUGUUCCACGCAUUAGAUAUCUUGGCAUCAACAAGUUCCAUUUGGAAUCUCUGUGUCAUCAGCCUUGACAGAUAUAUGGCAGGUCAGGAUCCAAUAGGGUAUCGUGAUAAAGUCUCAAAACGACGUAUUUUGAUGGCUAUUUGUGGCGUAUGGAUGAUGUCAGCAUGCUUAUCGUUCCCUGCUAUUAUUUGGUGGCGAACGACGUCACCUCAUUUGUACGAACAUAAGAACAAAUGCCUAUUCACCGACAGCGCCAUGUACGUUGGUUUCUCUUCGCUAGUAUCAUUUUACAUUCCCCUGUGUCUUAUUCUGUUCGCUUAUGGUAAAGUCUUUGUGAUCGCAACACGGCAUUCUCGUGGGAUGCGAAUGGGAAUGAAGAAGGUAAAGUGCAAGAAUGGCCGACGAACACAAGCUGACUCUGAGAGUAUGAUGUCGAGUGAAGCCGAGCCCACACUGCGUAUUCACAUCGGUCGAGCUCGGAAAAUGAGUCGAAGUCUUCGUCAACCGAGAACCACAAACGAGUCCACACGGCUUUUGCUCAAACAGGUCUCUUGCAAGAGUCUCAUUGAAAGAGAAGAUCAGCCGCUGGCCAACUCGCGAGCUCCACUACUUCGGCAAGAGUCCACGAAUAAUACAAGGUCCAUGUUUCGAGUCCGGGCUGCUGGCGUGCCAUCGUUUCGGUCUAGCACGCUCAGCGUUCAGGCACCGUUGUGCACUUUCGAAAACAGAACAUCCAAAGAUCGUGAAUUGCAGACGUUACAAAUACAACGAGAUGAGGCAAGCGACAUCUCGUCGGUGAGUUCACCACAAAUGGCGCGUCGAAAGCUGAACGUGCGAGAGAAAUCGCGUCAGAUGGUGAAAUACGUGCAUGAACAACGAGCGGCACGUACUCUAUCGAUUGUCGUUGGAGCGUUCAUUAUAUGUUGGACGCCAUUCUUUGUCUUUUCUCCACUUACCGUCUUGUGUGACACGUGUUUCGACUACAAGGACACGAUCUUCACUAUAGUUACAUGGGCCGGCCAUCUGAACUCGAUGCUGAAUCCACUGAUCUAUUCACGUUUCUCGCGUGAUUUUCGACGAGCUUUCAAACAGAUUCUCACUUGUCAGCGUGAACAAAAAGUGAAGACGGCAUUCAAAACGCCAUUAUCGCUUGUGUUCACUCAGCUCAUUUCGGUUACUCAAAUGUGGGAUCCACCACAAAACACCCCUAUUGAA